UAGAUUGCAGGCGAAAUCUCAGCGAGCCUUUAAUACGAGUGGAUCCAACAAUUUGUAAGAGGGCGUUCAGCGCAUGGUGAGCCUUGGGAUGCGGUUGAUUUACUAUCUCGUGUGAAAACUGAAUCGGACGCAGCCGGGUGCUGUGCACAGCUGCCCGUCCGGCUGCGGAAUGGCAGUUUCACCGCAAUUUCACGUGUUUACCUCGCGAUCCACGAUCAAUGGACAGCACCCCCUCCGAUAGCGCUGGCUAUGGUGCUGAACUCAGUUUAUUCUGCGGCAGCCUUGCCUUUGCUGUUGCAAUUGUUUCUAUUGCUCCGUCGACGUUUGUAAAACAAAAUACACACUAAUUCCAAUCGGCUUGCUGAAAGUUGUCAGAAAAACGGAGGUGAUCACACCACAGAAGGACAAUAAUAAACGAUGCAGUAAUGAAUAAUGAGGGCAAUUGGUAAACCCCAACCAGCGGCGAAGACACGUUUAUUCCGAUCUCCUCACUGAGAAUUGAAAUAGCUGAUUUCAACGCAAUUGAUCUUUCCAGCUCGAAAGCGAUCUUUGGGGAUUUCAGUCGUUUUCCGGCAAAGGAAGAUCGAGCACAGGCCGGUUUUAGGGAUCAUAUCUGCACUCAGUGACGAAUGCACAACAUCAUAGAUCACCAUCCAGACAUGGCUACUGCGCUAUUAGCUGGAGAAAAGCUCAAGGAGCUGAUCCUUCCGGGGCAACAAGAUGAGAAAGGCUCGCCCUUUGCAGCCUUCAUGGUUCAACUAAAGCUAGAGCUCCCCUUCGACAGAGUAGUAUCCAUCGGGACUGUCAUUAUCCCCAUCCUGUUAGUCACAUUGGUCUUUACUAAAAAUUUUGCAGAAGAGUCGAUAUACUGUUACACGCCGAGCAAUUUCACCCGUGACCAGGCUUUGUACGCCAGAGGUUACUGUUGGACUGAGCUGAAGGAUGCUGUGCCAGGGGUUGAAGCCAGCCAGAGGCCUUCCUUGUUUGAACACAAGUUCCUUCCUUAUGCACUUCUUGCCUUUGCUGGGAUCAUGUACAUCCCUGUCCUGGGCUGGGAAUUCCUGGCCUCUACCAGGCUGACUUCCGAACUGAACUUCUUGCUUCAGGAGAUUGACAAUUGCUAUCACCGUGCUGCUGAGGGACGGGCUCCGAAAAUCGAGAAGCAGAUCCAAUCUAAAGGGGCAGGUAUCACGGAAAAGGAAAAAAGGGAGAUCAUUGAAAAUGCAGAGAAGGAGAAGAGUCCAGAGCAGAACCUUUUUGAGAAAUACCUGGAACGGCGAGGGCAAAGCAAUUUCCUGGCUAGAUUAUAUCUCUCGAGGCAGUUGUCAGUUGUAUUUUUGAGUGUCAUCCCAAUCACCUAUCUCUGCACUUACUACGCAAAUCAAAAGCAGAAUGAAUUCACCUGCCCCUUGGGGGAGCCCCCAGACUUGUCCAGUAAUGAGAUGCUCCAUGUCCGUGUCAACUGCAAACUGCCUUCAGUGCAGAUGCAGCGCAUUAUUGCCAUUGUAGACAUUGUUCUGCUCUGCUUCAUAAACCUCAUCAUUUUGAUAAACCUAAUCCACCUUUUUAUAGUUCGAAAAUCCAACUUUAUUUUUGAUAAACUACACAAAGUUGGAAUCAAGACUAAAAAACAGUGGCAGAAGUCACAGUUUUGUGACAUUAACAUUUUAGCAAUGUUUUGCAAUGAAAACCGUGAUCAUAUCAAAUCACUGAAUCGCUUGGAUUUUAUCACAAAUGAGAGUGAUCUCAUGUAUGACAAUGUUGUCCGGCAGUUGCUGGCUGCUCUGGCCCAAUCCAACCAUGAUGUUACUCCAACAAUGAGGGAUGCAGGGAUUCAGACAAUUGACCCCAGUGUCGACCCAGCUGACAUCGAUGCCAACGAGCAACUCAUCAUAAAGAGGCCCAGAAAGAAAAUGAAGUGGAUUCCAACCACAAACCCACUGCACCAGCCUUUCAAAGAGCCUUCGGCUGCCUUGAAGUUUGAGAACAACAAAGGAGACAAGCCCAAACCAGUGAGACGCAAGAUGGCAACAGAUGGCCUUGCAGCUCCUCUACUCGACUCCACUCCAAAGUAUUUCCAAGAUCAAUCUUCAAAUAAAAGUGAAGGGAACAUCCCUGUAAAUAGUGAGAAAAAGCAUAGUCGCCACUUGUCUUUGGAUGUUCAUCCUUAUAUUCUUAACACCAAAAAGACGAAGCCUGAAAAUCAGGAAAGUUGCACAUCUAAGAGUCAAGAGGGAGACUUCUUGCAUUCAGAAGAGAACAUGCUGGCGCAUGUGGCAUCUCCUAUCAAAGAUAGUAAUCUGUCUGAAGGAGGUGCUACAAGCAAUAUUAAAUGUUCAUCAGAGAGCUGCCUAACUCUACCUGACAGUAGACCUUAUGGUACCAACUAUAUGAACAACUUGCCUACUGUAGAAAAAGAUAUUCACGAAACAAGAUCACAAUUCAACCGUAACCCUACUCUCCCACUAAUCGACAUCCAGAAUAUUCAAACGCUCUAUGAAGACCACGAGGAUGAAGCAUUUGCCCCCAGCUUGCUAAAUGCAAAAGUAAUUUCCUCUGCAAAUACAGAAGAUCUACCCAUACGUUCACCAGAGAAGAUAUUACUCACUACAUUUGAAGACCCUAUAGUAAUGGUUAGCACAAUAGAAUAUUAG